AUGGUGGUGCGCAAGGCACGAGCGCCUCACGUCUCUUUGGAGGCACAGAUCCAGCAGCUGACACUGUUCAGCGAUGUGGAAUCGACAGAAAAUUUUGAGCAGCUGGGCCCCAUUAUCAAAAGUCUUGACGAAUCACACCAACAGGACGAGUUUUUGUUCCAACUCCGCGAGCUUGUCAAGAAGAAGGAUGAAGAGAUCGAGCAGGUGUGCAACGAGAACCACCAAGACUUUGUGUCAGCUGUGGACGAGUUACUAAUUGUACGGUCGGGCACGGUGAAUUUAAAGACACGUAUUAAUGAACUGAAUCAAGAGGUUCAAAGCAGCGGUCAAGCGCUCUUCUCCAAGAAAAAGGACUUGAUCGAUAAACAGCGUACAGCGCAGAACGUGGACGAGGCCAUUGAUCUCUUGCAAGAAUUCCAGCAGGUGCUGGAGAUGACGGUGUUGGUCGAGAACCUGAUCUCGCAAAAGAAGUACUACUCUGCUCUUCGCCGCUUGGACGAUAUCAUGAAUACACACUUGAAACCGCUCAUGCACCAUGAGCUUGCGCAACUCGUGCGAGACAAUAUACCAGAUAUUCGUGAACGGAUUCGUGCCGAGGUGACCAAGGAGCUGACAGGCUGGAUGUUUGACGUGCGUGAGAAGAGUGGGGCUGUUGGCCGCAUCGCUCUGGAGACAAUGGAAGCGCGGCAACAGCGCUGGCGGCAUCGUAGCCAGAAAGACCCUAUGCUUCGUAUGUCUUCUAUCAACAGUCCGAUUGAACAGCUUGUGAACGAGCGAAUUGAGGUCAAUUUCCUCGAUAACGAGAAAGUGAAAGUGGACUUUAAGCCUCUGUACCAAUGUAUCCACAUUUAUGAAGUGCUGGAUCAACGUGAGCAGCUGCAAAUGAACUACCAGGAAGAUCGAAAAGCCCAAGCUAGUCUUCUUCUCUCUCGUGACCUGAAAAUGGAGAGUGGUACGCAGGAGCUCAUGGCGCUGCUAGAGGCGGUUGUCGGCUACUUUGUGGUGGAGCGACAUGUAGCGCACACCUCCCCACCUGGUUUCCGUCCCAUUGCCGAAGUGGAAGAUGUAUGGGAGACCAUGUGUGAACGAAUUGUGGAUAUGGUAACGUUGGGCUUGCGCGAUUGCAAGGACACCAAGGCCUAUAUUGAGACCAAGGCAGCCCUUCAGACCUUUAUUCGCACUCUGGAAAGCAUGGAACUUUCCGUGACGCGAUUAAAUGGUUUGGUGCUUAUGUUGUUCCGUCGGUUUGCGCAGCUUUUGCGGGAACGAUUCGCGGCCGAUUUCCAGCAGGCAAUCCGCGAAGCACAGCACCUGCCGAUGAUCGUCAACAACGAAGGCGAGCUGGCCAAAGUACUCAGCGUUUGUUGGCUCAAACCUGGCGAAGCCGAGCAAUUGCAAAAGCAGCCGUUCCCUCUGUCGCUGCCCUUUUCACAAACAUAUCCCUUGUGCUGUAUGGAUAUCCGCAGCUUGGUGGAGCAGUACUACAACUUUUCGGGCGGAGCUUCGCAACGUAUGCGGGAUAUUGACAGCAUUUUAACGCAGUCGCUGGACGAGCUUCUGGUGCAGCAAAUUAGUGUAAACAUUCGCGAGACUGUGGAGCAAUCGCACAACCUCAGUCAAAUUGCGCAAAUUAUCGUCAACAUUGAGCACUUUCAAUUGGCCUGCAAGGAAUUGGAAGCAUGGCUCAGCGAUUCGCGGAAACCCAAUCCAGGUAGCCGACUGGCGCUCGAUGCGUCGCAUCACUUGGCCACGACGAUGGAAAUUGCUCAGAAGCGCAUCGAUACAGCAUUGUUUGUCAAGCUGGAUCAAUUCUUGGACUUGCUGGAGUACGACUGGACGCCAUUGCAGCCGCGACAAGGAGCACAGCACCAAGCGUCGGGCUACUUGCGUGACUUGGUCGAUUGGCUAUCUACCAUGAUGGACAGCGCCCUGGUUCUAUUGCCGAAGGACGCCAAGGAGGCUACGUUCUCGUCGUGCUUCAUGCAUGUGACCAACCGCCUUCUCAACUCGGCGCUUCUGGACCGGGACUUGAAGAUGGUCAGUUUGGCCGGUCUCACGAAUCUCGAUAUGGAUGUUACGUUUUUGUACCAGUAUGCCAAGUCGCUCCAGGUGGAAGGCAUUGAUGGUGUUUUUGGGCAGAUUCGUCAGACGCUAGGUGUGAUUCUGUCCGAGUCCGUGUCGGAAUUUGCAUUGUCGCCGUUGGCACGUAACCAAAAAUUCCCGCAAGCGCAGCCGAUCAAAGUGGCCGCAAUUCUUGAGAAAAUGGUCGCGUAUUAUGCCAAGCAACCUGGCAAGGUUGAGUAUGCCAACAAGUGCCUGCGUGAGCGUGAGAUGGUAUCGCGCUUGAUCCACCGCUAA